CGGCAAAUACAGAGAUUAUACUUCAUCCAUCUGGGAGGCAAGCAGUCGACCGAAUACGAUCGAAAUGGGACUGAAGACGGCACAUUGGUUAGAAACGAUUGAUUCCUCUGUCAGUUCUUGGUGAAGGAAAAAUGAAUACACCACGGAUAGCUCAGAUGCGAUGGAGAAAAGAAUGCAAGUAUAUCUCACGUCGGCUGCGUGGAGAGGUAGCAUCUGCUACCUGACGUGCCAAGUUGGAGGAAUCCGGGCUACCUGCAACAACACCAACGAAGAUAUGCGAUGUUGCCCUACGAACAAUGAGGUCUGUCAGGUCCAGUGCUGGUCUACCCUGACAACAGGAAAUCACGAAGUCCCCCUGUACGGGUACGACAAGCUGGGGAAAUGGGGGACAUCUGUCGAGGCCGUAAUGAAUGGGUCUCGUCAUAGUUACGAUAUCUUUGGAAACUUCCUCGAGAAGCCUGCGCCACAAGCAACUGUCUCUGACUGGAUGAGAGAUUUUCCCGACCCGUUUACGUCCAAGGUACAAAUUCCUGUGUGUCGGAGUCGAAACUUGAUCGUGCAGCCGUUGGAACACCCUGAUGAAAACAUCAAAAACUUUGGUUGUACGUGCGGGGGCUGGAUGUCUAAUGAGACCUCCCAGUUCCUUGACGUGAUAUCAAUGGGCAGACAGUCGAUGGCAUAUAAACAUGGCUGGCUGAAAGAAACCUUGACUGGUACUUGCAUGCGGGUAUGCUGUAGACGAUCUUAAAUCGUAACCCUAACAACGUCGCAUGGCUUGCUGAUACUCGGUGACAGAAUAUCGAUUCUC